AAAAUGGGAAAUGACGUCCCUCUACGUUCUAGAAAGCGCCCUCUGAUUAUUCCAGAGCUGCAAUGGUACAGGGGAGGGAGCAAUGGCUAUUUAAAGAGGGUAAAAUAACACAAGAUCUUUAGUGCUGAGUAACCGCCUCCAAACAGACACAACAGGAUCAACUGAUCAUCUGUAUCACGGUUUAAAGAGGCAGGAUUUGACACCGUAGCCACGACGGUGCCUUUAUUCACGUUCUUCUUUUUCAAGAGACUGACGAAUCCUUGGGCAGCGGCACCAACCCGGUCUGCAUAGGAGAAAAUGGGCAAAGAUUAUUACAAAAUAUUGGGAAUCGCGAAAGGAGCAUCAGACGACGACAUCAAAAAGGCAUACAGAAAACAGGCUCUGAAAUGGCAUCCUGACAAAAACAAGGCGGCUAAUGCGGAGGAGAAAUUCAAGGAGGUCGCGGAGGCUUAUGAAGUUCUCAGUGAUCCAAAGAAACGGGAAAUAUACGACCAGUACGGCGAAGAAGGCCUUAAAGGAGGUGGAGGAGCAUCCGACGGGCCAGGAGGCAACUUCACCUACACCUUCCAUGGAGAUCCUCAUGCAACGUUUGCCACGUUUUUCGGGGGAGCCAAUCCUUUCGAGAUAUUUUUUGGCAGGAAAGUCAAUGGACGAGAUGAUGAUGACAUGGAGGUGGACGGAAGUGACCCCUUUGGUUCUUUUACGAGUUUUAACAUUAAUGGAUUUCCACGCGAACGGCACGUUGGCCAGGGCGGCCCGCCGCGCAGAAAACAGGACCCCGCGAUCCAUCACGAGCUCCGGGUGUCUCUAGAGGAGGUCUUUCAUGGGUGCACCAAGCGCAUGAAAAUCUCACGCAAGCGCUUGAAUCCGGACGGUCGGACCUUGAGAACCGAGGACAAAAUCCUCACUAUUGAGAUCAAGCGUGGCUGGAAAGAGGGAACCAAAAUCACGUUUCCACGCGAGGGUGACGAAACGCCCAACACUAUUCCUGCCGAUAUUGUGUUUGUCAUUAAGGACAAGCCUCACGGCCACUUUCGACGAGAGGGGUCUGACAUCGUGUACCCGGUCCGGGUCAGUUUGCGCCAGUCAUUGUGUGGCUGCUCCGUCACCGUGUCGACGAUAGAUGGUAAAACGUGCAAUAUGAAGAUAACUGAUGUUAUAAAACCCGGCAUGAGGAAGAUCAUUGCUGGACAAGGACUGCCCUUCCCAAAGAACCCAGAACAAAGAGGGGACCUCAUUGUGGAGUUUGAUGUGAACUUUCCUGACAGUCUGCCAUCUAAUGCCAAGGAUGUCCUGAAAAGACACUUACCAGUCUCAUAAAGUGAACUUGGACAGACUUUACUGACAUUUCUACAUGAACAAUUCAGUCCCCUCGCAUAUGUGGACUAAAAUGACAAAUCAAAUUUUGAGAAUGUGCAAUUUCUAUUUUUUAUCUAAAUGUUUGUUAAAUAUAUAUGUCUAUGUUAUAUAUCUAACACACACACACACACACACAUAUAUAUAUAUAUAUAUAUAUAUAUAUAUGUUGCAUGCCUAUGUAUGUCAAUGCAAGCUUAGAGUGCUAUUUGUGUCUGAAAGGUUUUAGUUUUUUUGCUUCAUUUUAAAUGUGCAUUUGAAAUGUUUUAUUGAAAUGUUAUACAGCAUCAGUAUUUUACAGACUACAUUAGAAAUAUGUAUUUGUUUGCCUUUUUCAAGUAGAAAAUCCAAGUAGAAAAUUAAUCUGUACUGACAGAUCAUGUACUGUUCUUCUCUCUAAAUGCACAAAGUGAUAUAAUUUUAGUAAAUGAUGGCUUGAAGUGAACUGUGUGAUGCUAUCAUGGAUACUUGCCUUCAUUCAUGAGAUAGCAUUUAGCUAGAUUCAUAAUGCCUUUUCAGAUCUGAUAUGUCAGAUUCCUGUAAAUGUGAGCAACAGACUCACAUAAUGUACCUGUCUUUGACAGAGACCAAAAAAUGGUGACUUGUGCUGUGGGUUCAUAGCAUGUUUAUUCAUUGAAAGUUUGGAGAGCAUUUGCAUAAUUGGUAUUAUUUUACCUUACAUUUUUACUCUGUUGACUACUUCUAGUGUCUUGUGUUUGGAAGUUUAUUCUGGCUAAAUCCUUAUUCAAUUAAUAAAAACUGUUGGAGAUAGGCUACAGAACCCUCAA